AGGCGAGAGUUACGCCGCGCCUGGCAACGCUGCGGAGACCCUCUGCACAGGCCGAAAUUCUGGAGAUUAAGCAUUCCCGUUUGGUUGGAUUUUAUGUGUAUUCUACGUUCAUGCGAUUUUAUGUUUCACCUUUUGUGGCCUAACGACGAUUAUAGAAGAAAAGUUGAAGGAGUUGCGGCGCACUUGGCAACGCUGCGGAGAUCCCUUGUCACAAGGCGAAAUUCUAAAGUUUUUUUUUCCUGAGAUGAAAAUUUCAGCUUGGGCGACAGGGAAGGGUAGAUGAGGAGGCCGAGAUGGAAAAGAACAAAUCACAGAUAAUACUACUUGAUAAAAAUGGCCUGGAGACGGUAGCUAAGGCUCUUUCCUCUGCUUGUUGGACUCUUACUGAAUCUGGAGGUAUUGAAAUAGGGUCCAUUGCAGCCUCCUCUUCAGCUCAGGGCAGUGUGCCACAACUCACACUUGCUCAAGGAAAUGCCCGACCUGUCACUCAAGUCUCAGUCACUGGAGGGUCAGCUAACAGUGGCUCACCAGGCCCACCCGAAAGACCCCCUACGUUCCAGCGAGACAAUUCUCAGGUGACAACCCUUAAUGAGUUGGGGAAGAAACUGUUGGCAGCAGCAAAGGUGGGCAACACUAGUCAAGUGCGGAGGUUAAUGGCAAUAGGUGCACCGUUUGCAUCAGAUGGGCCCAUUGGCAUGACUCCAUUGCAUUUGGCAUCACAAAAUGGCCAUUAUGAAACCUGUGAUCGCCUGUUAGCUGCAGGCAUGAAUAAAGAUGCCCGCAACAAGGUAGACAAGACCCCCCUCCAUCUCGCUGCCAUGGAAGGCCACAAGGACAUUGUAUCUUUGCUAGUCAAAUCAGGAGCCAAUAUUAAUGCCUGUGAUAUGUUGAAGAUGACUGCUUUACAUUGGGCCUGUGAUAGAGGACACACCUCAAUUGUUGGCUUACUUCUGAAACAUCAUGCCAAAACUGAUGUGGUAAACAAAUUUUCUAAGCCUCCUCUCCAUAUAGCAGUAGAAAGAGGACAUCAGCAGAUCAUUCGCCUACUGCAGGAAGGUGUGAAUUACAAAGAAGAGGAGGAGGCAGUUGCAGUGGAGUCCAUUUCACUAAAUGUCACAGAUGACUUGAACUCCAUUCCUGUUGUGUGCAAGACAGAGGAGGUUUGUACAGAGGAGUAUGAAGAAGAACCAGUGGAAGACCAGGUAGAGAAGGAGGAGGAAGAAAGGUUUAGCAUGGAGAGUGAUCUACCUCACUCUAUCCUUGCAGAUGACUCAGAUGAUCAAAACACAUCGGUCCUGGCAACGCUGGCAGAAUUAGCAGAGGCCACAUCAAAAGGAUCUGAGGGCUCUGAGGAAGUAGCAAGUGCAGCUGCCUUAGAACUACUGAAAGCCCAAGCUGCUCUGCUUCCAGUAGAUGACUCCUCAACCCUAGUGACAUCAGCAGUAGCACAUGGUCAGACACUACACCUUACAGAGGCUGGAAGACAGGCUUUAAAAUUGAUUAAACAGGAAAUGCCUCUACUUCCAACAGCCACUUUAAAGCAGGAUCACCUUAAUGCAGAUUGUAAUAAAUCUGCUAAAUCCAGUACAAGUUCAAACUCCAACUCCCAUAGAAAUCGGAACAAGCAUACCGAGUCUUCAUACUCAUCAUCUACCUUGACAGCACCAUGUCUGCCAGCUCUACUCUCAACUUCAGGUGUAGAAAGUAUAGUAGAAGAGAUUGCAGAUGAGAGCCAAGAAGUCACUCAGGUCAUAACAUUGAGUCCAGAGCAGUAUGCUGCUUUAACAGGUGAGACAAAUGGGCCCAUUAUACUGCAAGUGUUGUCCAGUGGAGAGGAUCAGUUGAAUGAAUUGGACACGGGCCAGAUUCCACCAGCACCAAAACGACAGAAGGUGAUGCAGCUUGUCACAAAAACAGGGCAAGGGUUAGCAUCUCAGAAUCAGGCUGUGGCAAAAGUUUCAGGCCAGGUACUGAGCGUGGAUGUGUCAAGAGGAAGCAAUUUGUAGUACAGCGCAUCACUGUACCAUUUACACUGGAAUAAACAUAAGUUUGACUUUUGCUAUAUGUAUAUGAUAUUUGUACAUUUAAACAGAAAAUGUAGAAGUAGGUACUUCAGAAGAAAAUAUUGUUGAUAUUUGGUAAUGAUGUUAAUAUUUAUACAAAUUCAUGUUAAUAAACUGAGUUUAACUCAGA